CCCAUCCUGCUCGUGCGGGGUGAGGAGGAGGAGGAGGAAGAGGAGGCGAGCGGAUGUGAGAGUGUAGCAAGUGCUCGCUAUGCCGGCAAGCCGGCAACUCUUUUUACUGGAUUUUAACAGAAAUGAACUCCCGUUUUUUGGGGGGGGUUCGUUCUUCACAAUUAGUACAUCCGGUACUCGCUGCCUCGCGUUAUGUGCGGGCUGAGCGGCAGUGAGGACGAACAAUAAGUGGAGCCAACCGAGCACAACAAAAGACACGAGAAAGAUGUCCGAGGGACGUCAGUGCCAGGUUCACCUGCUGGAUGGUAGAAAGCUGCAGCUGCAGGUUCAGCCCAAGCUUUUAUCCCGAGACCUGCUAGACUUGGUGUCAUCACAUUUUAACUUGAAGGAGAAGGACUAUUUUGGACUUUGCUUCAUUGAUGACACUGGUCAGAAUAACUGGCUUCAGCUUGAUCGAAAAGUCCUUGAUCAUGACUUCUCAAAGACGUCAACAACACUGGAACUUAAAUUUUAUGUGAGAUUUUACAUUGAGAAGAUCACCUUUUUAAAGGAGAACACAACAGUGGAGCUUUUCUUCUUGAAUGCCAAAUCAAUGGUCUUUAAUGAGACAAUCGAAGUGGAGAGUGGACAUGUAUUCAAGUUAGCUGCAUUCGCGUUGCAGGAAGCCAACGGGGAUUACACAAGCACUGAAACUGCCAGAUCAGAUCUGAAACAGCUCCCAGUUCUGCCCACCCAAGUUCUCAGAAAGCACCCGUCUCUUAGUUAUUGUGAAGACAAAGUGAUUGACCAUUACAAGAAACUGAAGGGGCUGACCCGAGGACAAGCCAUUGUGAAGUAUCUGGCCCUGGUGGAGUCCCUGCCAACAUAUGGCGUCCAUUAUUACCCCGUAAAGGAUAAGCAGGGAAUACCCUGGUGGCUAGGUGUCAGCUACAAGGGCAUUGGCCAGUACGACUUGCAGGACAAGCUGAAACCAAGAAAGUUGUUCCAGUGGAAGCAGUUGGAGAAUUUGUAUUUCCGAGAGAAGAAAUUUGCAGUGGAAGUGAACGACCCGCACAGUCGAACAGUGAACAAGCUGACCUUUGGGCAGGCUGGCCUUGUCAUUCACUCCUGGUAUGCCAGCCAUUCUUUGAUUAAAACUAUAUGGGUGAUGGCCAUCAGUCAGCACCAGUUCUACCUGGACAGGAAGCAAAGCAGAUCUAAUAUGACGACAAUAAGGAGCUCAGGGGACAUUGCCAUGGAUCUCACAGAAAUUGCUUCCCAACGGAUCACUAAACUUACCAGCCUCGAAUGCAAUGAUCAGCUCAUCAUGGCAAGCAGUGGGAGCCUCAUCUCGGCUGGUUCUGCUGACUCUGACGUGGCCGAGGAACAGAAGAGAGAGAAAAUUGCCGAGAUGAAAAAGAAAGAGAAGAGCCUUCAAGACAAACUUUCGCAAAAACUUGAAGAACUUAAAAAGAUCUGCCUGCGAGAAGCGGAACUUACAGGCGCAUUACCUAAAGAAUAUCCCUUGGCCACGGGCGAGAAAGCCCCUCGAGUACGACGACGUGUUGGGACAGAAUUCAAGCUCGAAGACCUUUUCCCUUAUAAUGAGGAUCCACACUUAGGGGACCUGGAAAGCAGAUUAGCCUUGCAGCGGAAGAUUGUACAAGCAGCCUAUAAGUUAACCAAAGAGGGCGAAAUGUCCAAGACGGUGAAGAAAAAAAGGCAAAGCAACUGCCAGGAUGCAAAAAGAAAAAUGGAAGCGAUUGAGAGGGAGCUCAAUGACUAUAGGGUGAAGAAUGGAAAACAACCUAUCGAAAGGGCCUCUGUGAUCUUAGAUGAUUUAAAUCCAUCAGACCUUAGCUCUCUAUCUGACAGCUUCACACUGGACGAAGAUGGUGACAUUAGUUCCCGGAGACAGCGUUCUACGUCAGUCCAUUACUCCCCAAGAUCCCACCAUGAAGAAACUCUCAGGAUUCACUACAGCAAAGAGAGACGAGCUUCCACUAAUGACCAACACACCGACAGCCGGUUCAUCUACAGUCAAAUCCAGGAACCAGUCUACCACAGUCACCAUGAUGCCUUAUUAAGCCACAGCAGUCCAUACAAGUUAGCUUCCAGACAACCGGGUGACGCACGCAGUAUGCCUCCUACUCCAAUGCUCACACGCAAUGCUUACAGCAGCACCCAGCUCAAAUCAGAGCACGCUCCACAGCAUUUUCGCCAACGGAGCGAGAGUCUGGAGUCCCAGUCUCAGCUUCUACCAGAGACUGAACCGCCCUUGCCAACAUUCAAGAUUUCCCCAACCCGACGGAGCAACAGCACUGAGGUACUCGACGAUGGCUCCUCCUACACGAGCCAGUCCAGUGUGGAGACACACAACCACAACCACAACCACAGACGUAGAACGCGCGGCCGCCACAAGAAAGAUGUUUACGCCAACACUGGCAGCAUGCCCAACCUGGCUCAACCGGAGACCCACUGUUACGCUUACCAUCCCCGGACCCGACCCACCACAACUGCCUACUACCUGGCAGGGUUUCCUGGCCAAAUGCAGCCAGAGCCUUACUCCAGUGGGGUACACAUGUACGGCAAUGAGACGGAAGGACACUACAGCGUUAAUCCGUCCCACCAUCCCAACCACGCAGUUUAUCGUGCCCAUGACAUGCGUAGCCGCUACGGCACUGAUGAGAUAGAUGGCGCGCCACAGAACCUGUACGCGACACUGAGGCCACCUAGAAACCGCCCGGGCCCCCGGAGAGAAGAGCAGACGUCGAGAAAUAUCCAGAAGGAAGAUGUAGCCAAGCAAUUGGUAGGCUGGUACCAACGCAACACGGCUUACAAACAGGCUGCGUACAGCUACGACUACGACCGAGGAUCCACGCAGAGUGUGAGCUACCAGACCAUGCCUGCACCCAUCAGCCACAACAACAGAAACCUCUCCUACUCCUCAGCUUCAAUUGGAAACUGGCACGGCCACGGCCACAUAAGCAGUCGUAGUAUACUGGACUGUGCCGUGCCUAAGCAGACGCCACAGACCUUCAAGUACACUACAGCUCCUUUCAACAACUCCACUCUCAGCAGAUCCUACGUAGAUGUCAAGCAAGUCACCAGCAACCAAACGCACACAGACACGGACCCACAGGACCGGAUUUGCUGGCACGAAGACUCCGAACCAGGAACAAUAGUUUAGCUGCCUAUGGUGGAAUAAUACCCAGCAGGUGCCUUACACUGCACUUACUCAACACGGACGCCCAAAGAAUGAAGGAAAUUUGAGCGAAAAAGAGUUUUUCGUGCACUGCGGACUUGGCAAAGAGGAAAACAGCGAGUUGCAACGAACAAAUUUGAACGUCUCCCGCCACAAAUGUGAUCACUACGCCCAUGAAGGAUCAGACCAGGAUCGACAGGAUCUUGUUAAGAAUGAAGGAGCUCAUCAGAGAGCGAGUCGGACAAAGACGGCCGCCGACCGGAAACUUCCGCAGCCUACGGGAUAAUCUCCCUUUAAUUCAGAGUAUUUCCUUCAGUGUUCAGUCUGUGUCACAUAUCUGUGUUUGUGUUUACCAGCAGUAUUACUCCCAGAACACAAACAAGCUCACUGCCACUGGAGGAGAGACACGGACAACAAAACAAACAUGGUUGUUUCAUCCGUGCUGGAAUUGACGGCCUGGUGCUCCUCAUUUCUCCCAAGAGGAACAAAUUGUACAUGGUAAUAUUGUUAAUACACUGGUCGUUUUUUUGUUGUUUUUUUAGAGCUUCGUAUGUAUUUGAAAAGCAUGUAAUAUAUAGUAAAUAAUGCCAAGCUGGUUCUUUAGAAAUUUGUAUCAUUUCACGUGUUUGAAUAAAAAGAAGCCAGCAUUUGGGGCAAAAUUGAUUUGUUGGGUCCGUGGGUCACGUCGAAACAAACUAAUCCAUUUGAACGGUUGGGGAUUAACUCUAAAUCCAUUAAAUUAGGUAAUUGAAUGUCUGUUCUGCCAGUUGAGUUAAUUAAAUGGGCUGGGGAAUAGUGGCAUUAGUGGUGCUUCACGCACCGGGAGAUUGCUUUAACCCCGUCUGGAUUGAUUUUCCACAUUGCGUACCUGUGAAACUGCACGGUUUUGCUGAUGAGAAAGUUGUCUUCCAGUCAUUCUAGACCA